UCCUUUUCGGUACAGAAUAGUGAGAAUGGAAUGCUCCUCCUGUCUCAUGUGGGAAUUCGCGAUACCUGAUGAUGACAUCUGCGGGAAGUGCACCCAACUUCAGCGCCUGACUGACCGGGUUGGGGGGGUUGGAUGUACUGAGGGUCCGGAGGCUGAAGAUGUUAUAGGCGAGUCUUUUGAAGAGAUGGUCACACCCAGAGUUCAGGUUGGGACUGCAGAUGAGUGACUACCGGGAGAGGUAAGGGGGUUAAGAAGUCAGUGCAGGGUUCCCUUGUGGCCAUUCCUCUCAGCAACAGGUAUAGUAUACCCCUUUGGAUACUGCUGUUGGGAAGGAGGGUGAACCAUCAGAUCACGGCACUGUGACUGGCUCUGAGCCUUCCGGUAGUUAUAGGGACUUAGAUAGUUAAGGGGACAGAAAGAUUCCGUGGCCACAAAGGACACGGUGUGUGUUGCCUUCCGCGUGCUGGGAUCCAUGACGUAUCGGAGCGGCUGCUGGAUAUUCUCAAGGGGAGGGGAAACAGCCAGAGGUCGUGGAUAUAUUGGCCCCAAUGACAGAGGCAGAAAAGGAGAAGAGGUCCUGUGCAGUGAGUAUAUAGAGUAGGAAGGAGGCUGAAGAGAAGAACCUACAAGGUUGUAAUCUUCAGAUUACUCCGUUCCACAGGCUAGUGCAGGUAGGAACUGGGUGGUAGCACGGAUGAAUGAAUGGCUGCUGAGAUGGUUUAGGGAUAGGGUUUCAUGUUGUUGAGUCAUUGGAACAUUUUCUGGGGAAGGGGUGACCUGCACAAGAGGGAUGGGUUGCACCUGAACUGGAGGGAAACCAAUAUACUUACAGGGAGUCCUGCUGAAUAGGAAGGGUGCAAUCAGACUAAUGGGAUUGCACUACAGACCCCUUAACAGCCACCGGAACAUUGAGGAAAAGAUAAGAGGACCAAAACUGCACAUGAUACUCCAAGCAAGGCCUCACCAGUGGGUUAUAAGUCCUGUGUUAGGAACGGCAAAAAAAAAUGUGUACAGGAAUCUCAAAUGCAACUACACCUCAGUUUUGCUGUCUCUGUCCAGACAUUUAAGGAGAGACCAAGUAUUUCCUUUGUGACACCAAUGAUCCUUGAAGAUGAACAAGUAUCUCAUCCCAGCUGAAAAUGUGCUUUGCCUCCUAAAUGAGAUUUUCUGUUGUAAUUCAGUGAAAUCCACUGGAAUCGGGGUUGCUAAGAGCACAUCAGCAUUUGUCCAUUGGGGAUCAGUUCUUCGACUGUAUUAAUUAUACAAGGGAUUCACUAUGUCUGAUAUCUGACUUGAUGAACUGAUAGAGAACUGUGGGAAGGAAUUCACUCACUCAUCCAGCCUACAAAUGCAUCAGCAAAUUCACACUGAGGAGUGGCCAUUCACCUGCUCUGACUGUGAGAAGGAAUUCACUUGGUGAUUGAGUUACUAGCAUACCAUUCGGUUCACACGAGGAGAUGCCGUUCACCUGCUCAGACUGUGGGAAGAAGUUUACCCGGUCAUCUUACCUGAAGGUACAUCAGCGAAUUCACACUGGGGAGAGGCCAUUCACCUGCUCAGUAUGUGGGAAGGGAUUCAGUCAGUCAUCCAACCUCCAGACACACCAUCGCAUUCACACUGGAGAGAGGCCAUUCACCUGCUCAGACUGUGGCAAGGGGUUUACUCAGUCAAUUGAACUGAAGGUACAUCAGCGAAGUCACACUGGGGAGAGGCCAUUCACCUGCUCAAACUGUGGGAAAGGAUUCACUCACUCAUCACACCUGCUGACACACCAGCUAAUUCACACUGGGGAGAGACCGUUCACCUGCUCAGACUGCGGGAAGGGAUUCACUAGGUCAUUUGACCUACUGGCACACCAGGCAGUUCACACUGGGGAGUGGUCGUUUACCUGCUCAGACUGUGGGAAGGGAUUCACUCGAUCUUCUGAACUGAAGGUACAUCAGCGAAUUCACACUGGGGAGAGGCUGUUCACCUGCUCAACCUGUGGGAAGGGAUUCACUCACCCAUCACACCUCCUGAGACACCAGCGAAUACACACUGGGGAGAGACCGUUCACCUGCUCAGACUGCGGGAAGGGAUUCAUUCAGUCAUCCCACCUGCAAACGCACCAGCGAGUUCACACUGGAGAGACGCCAUUCAUUUGCUCAGACUGUGGGAAGGGGUUUAAUCGGUCAUCUUACCUGAAGGUACAUCAGCGCAUUCACACUGGGGAGAGGCCAUUCACCUGCUCAGAAUGUGGGAAGGGAUUCAAUCAGUCAUCCAACCUACAGACGCACCAGCGAGUUCACAGUGGGGGGAAGCUAUUCACUUGCCCAGAAUGUGGGAAGGGGUUUACUCAGUCAUCUGAACUGAAAGCACACCAGCGAGUUCACACUGGGCAGAGGCCAUUCACCUGUUCAGUAUGUGGGAAGGGAUUCACCUACUCAUCACUCCUACAGACGCACCAGCGAAUUCACACAGGGGAGAGGCCUUUCUCCUGCCCAGACUGUGGGAAGGGAUUCACUCAGUCAUCUGAACUAAAGAUACAUCAGCGAAUUCACACAGGGGAGAGACCAUUCACAUGCUCAAACUGUGGGAAGGGAUUCACUCGAUCAUCUGAACUACUGGCCCACCAGUCAGUUCACACUGGGGAGUGGCCAUUCACCUGCUCAGACUGUGGGAAGGGAUUUUCUUGGUCAUCUGAACUGAAGGUACAUCAGCGAGUUCACACUGGGGAGAGACCGUUCACCUGUUCAGAGUGUGGAAAGGGAUUUAGUCAGUCGUCCCACUUACAAGUGCAUCGGCAAGUUCACACUGGCAAGGUGCGGUUUAACUGCUCAGACUGUGGGAAGGGGUUUACUCGGUCAUCUUACCUGAAGGUACAUCAGCGCAUUCACACUGGGGAGAGGCCAUUCACCUGCUCAGAAUGUGGGAAGGGAUUCAGUCAGUCAUCCAACCUACAGACGCACCAACGAGUUCACAGUGGGGGGAAGCUAUUCACUUGCCCAGAAUGUGGGAAGGGGUUUACUCAGUCAUCUGAACUGAAAGCACACCAGCAAGUUCACACUGGGGAGAGGCCAUUCACCUGCUCAGUAUGUGGGAAGGGAUUCAGUCAGUCAUCCAACCUACAGACACACCAGCGAGUUCACAAUGGAGAGAGACUGUUCAUUUGCUCAGACUGUGGAAAGAGAUUCUGUCAGGCAUCUGACCUUUUGGCACAUUUCCAAUUUCACACUGGGGAGAAAAUUUAAAUAAGCUGCAUGCCGGACAGUUAACUAUCACAUUUGCUGAAUCCAGAGACUUGGAGUCAAACUUUGCAAUUAUUGCUGCUAUGCAUCAAACCCAGUUCUACACCCUGGUCACUGGGUAUGGGAGGAAGUUCUUCUGAUUUUCACCUUUAAUGGGACUGGGGUUUAAUGUUCUGGAUCUGUGAUAAAUAAAUCAGUUCUAUUUUAAACUCUGUCUUGGAUAUUUAGUGAAUCUGCAACACACUUACUGUACAGUCAGGAGUGAGCUCAGCCCAGUGGUCCCUACCAGUCCUACAAUAGUCUACAAUAGUCCUUUUAAAUCCAUCCUUGCUGUUGACCUAUCACAUUCCCUGUGGUAAUGGGUUCCAGUCACCACUCUGUCGGUGAAGAGUUUUCCCUUGAGUUUCCUGCAUGACUUUCUGCAGACCGAAGAAGAAACUGUCUGUAGUUAUGUCUGAAAGCUUCUUCAUCCAUUUAAUCUCUGGGCCAAGGAAGAAUGACAUUGGUAGUUAAACUCCAUACCUCCCUGCUCAUUUCAACAUUAUAUGUCAUUUUCACUAUUCUAAAGGGCUAUGUGUCGCACUGCUAGUUAUUAGAAUACACUACUGUUGGCCAUGAGCAAAUUAUAAUAUAGAAGAAAACAUUGAGCUUGUAUUAAUCAAGGACAGGGGAAAUAGAGAAACCAAUUGUCUGCAUUCUUGCUAUGAGUUUGAAUGGAGGCUGCCGUUUAGCAAAGCUGCUUUGUAACCUCCAUUUUGUGAAGUUUUUGAUUUCUGCUAUUGACCACCUGAACCUCAAAUCAUUCUGAUGAACUGUGCACAGUAUAAUGUACAGUGGCAGGUUUGCAGAAGUAAUCUCUUUAACUUGGCCCUGUGUCUUGAGUGUCUCAGUUUGACUAUUGAACCAGAGUUGAAGAGAACAAAAGAAGUCACCUAAGACAUGAAAUUGUGUAGAUCCAAAAGGAAUCUGUUGUAGGUCAGAGAGAUAACCUCAAACAAAAAAGAAUGACGUGAGAAGUGUUUAACAAAUUAGGAGCUUCAAGUGCGAAGGGGUGAUAACUCUAGAGACUAACCAUGACAAAGAAGAACCACCAUGCCGGGGACUGGGAGAAGAAAAGAUCGAUCAUUUGGCCAAUGGGUGUUCUCUGUUUCAGUGUUAUAAAUUGGAGAAGAGGUUUGAGUGGGUAUUGAUACAGAGGGAUCAGUAGAAUUCAGUUUUAAAUUGUUGGCCUGUAGUCAACAUAGUUAUACUGUGCAGCAACAAUAAACAUGUAGCUUUGAAUUCAGAGUUACGAAGUGAGUUUCCUAAGCUAGUUCAAUUGAUGAAUAGUCAACAAAUUUUAGGCAUCCCAGCUGUGCUGAAAGAAAAAGAAUGGAAGUCUGGGACCCUAGUUUCAUAUU